AGGGCCGACCUUGUCAGUUGCUGCUUGAUUAGAUCCAAGCAUGAUUCCACUGAAAGAAAAUACACUUCCUCCGUGAUUAUUUUGUUACAACAGUUGUGGUUAUAAAGGCAACUCAAUUGCGUGCAUUCAGCACUGGAGAUAUGGCGGAAAUUGGACAGAAAACCCUUAUAAUUAGAGUUGAAACAUUGAUAUCCCAAACAGUUCUUUACCCGCCCAGGCCCAUCGCGGUGUUCCGAGAGCCCAGAGGGUACAUAAAGGGUGGAGAUCAUGUGCGUGAGCAUACUGUCACGAGUCCCUCUUCCAUCAUCGAUCAUGUCAGGACUAUCAACUGGGCCGAUGCUCCCUCCACCCAGUGUAGACCAGCCUUUCAUAUAUGUAUCGGCACUUGAGGGAGGAAAUAUUCACAUCCCUUGUGAUUUGGUUGUGGACGGUGGCCCACAGGGAGAGUCCAUCUCGUGUCCAUCUCUUGCCUUCUCACUGCGACACUCCGAGACUAAGUCAUGGGUUGUCUUCGACUUAGGUAUACGGCGCGACCUCGAAGGAUACACACCUCUCGCCCAGGAGCGCAUCAAGGCCAUGGGGUUCACCCCUGUUGUGAACCAGACAGUCGCAGAGUCGCUGGUUAAGGGAGGCGUUUCCCUUGAUCAGGUUGAAAAUAUCAUCGUUAGCCACUUGCACUGGGAUCACAUCGGGGACCAUGAGCCAUUCACCAAAGCUACAUUUGUUGUGGGAGAAGGGUCUAGGGAACUCCUGACUACAGGAUAUCCUGUGAACCCCGACUCAUUCUUCUCUUCGACCGCUCUUCCGCUUGAGCGCACUAGGUUUCUUUCUCCAUCCGACUUCAAUCUCCCUAUCGGACCGUUUCCACUUGCAUUGGAUUAUUUCGGCGAUGGUAGCAUGUAUAUAAUCGACGCGCCAGGACACAUCGAAGGACACAUCAACAUACUUGCGCGUACCUCCUCAGAUGGCGCGUGGAUUCUCCUUGGAGGAGAUUCCGCUCACGACUACAGACUGAUUACGGGCGAGAAAGAAGUCGCACACAGUGUUGAUCUAUCAGGUCGCGUCAGGUGCAUGCAUGGAAAUAAGGAAGAAGCGGUGGAGAAUAUCGCAAGGAUCCGGUCGCUGUUGGGAAUCCCAAGAGUGCAAGUAUUGAUUGCUCAUGAUUCGAAAUGGUAUGAGGAGAACAAAGGGUCUGCCUUCUUGCCUGGUGUUAUACCACCAUUAGCUUUAUGAACAUCAAUUUACUUGCAAUUGAUUGGUCCUCUUCACGGGAGAAGCACCAGAGAUGAUGGACGUCGCUCUAGAUGAUAGUGUAAAGCAAGGAGUCCCAGAGAAAGAGAUGUUGUAUUGUCAGGAUAAGUUAGACGAGCUCGGGU